AUGCUGAGUUUGGAUGUGUCCACUAAAAAAACCGAGCUUCAAUGGGCUAAAGAAGGUUCAACAAAAACUAUAUAUAUAACUGUGACUAAAUUAUUCAGAAUCUCUCAUAAAUACAGCAUCAGUAGAGAUGGUUGAUUUGCCGCUGUCCGAAAGUCAGCAAAUGAUUGAGGAUGAAUUCGAAGAAGGAGAACGUUUGUUUGCUGACGAAAUUGCUUAAAAUAGUUCAAGCUUUCAGAGAAUAUUAUUUCUGCUUUCAUGCGUCGUUUACAAGUUCAAUUUGGUCAACUCUGUCGGUUGAUCUCGAAAUCUGUAGAAAAGAUAGUACUUAUCGGUUCUUCCUUGUCUAUUCAAGGAAAUGGCUUGUCAGACUUCAUUCAAUCAGUCCGUACUGUUUCUAAUUCAAUGUAAUUCAAUCUGAAAAUAGUUGUUCAAAUGAUGUUCCUUUCUAACAUUUUAGAGGGAACUCGGCCCUAUUCGAAAGAGACUACUUCAAUCUAAGAAAAGUUAUUAUUGUCGCAACCACGGACGGAACAGUUUUUGGAAUCGACAGUAAUGACGGCAACAUACUGUGGAAAAUUUGGUUAGGAGAAGAAUUUAACCCACUAGAAGUUUCCACAAACACGCCGCGCGUUCCAUUGUUUGUACAAAGAACUACAGCGCACUAUCAACUUGAAGGGCUCGCUUCCGUAAUUUAUUCCAAGAAGGUGAGCUGUCAGUGUUGUUUUGCAAUUGUCUCUUGUUUAACUAGAUGAGCAAGACUGGCGUCAUUCUUUCUUUCAACCCUAUGAUAGGUAAAAUAACAACAAAAACUUUUUUGGAUUACCCAAUCAAACGGUAUUUUGCAAAUUUCAAUUUCGAUAUUUAAAACUGAAUUUUGCAGAAUUACUUUGUUACCAACUCAUGCAAAAGAACAUGUGCUCCCCGUGAUGGUGAUUGGACAAAAUAAUGAAGUGGGUGAUCAAUUUCUAAGUACCCACCUUUGCUAUCCUUUUCAGAUUACCAUAAAUCCUUCCGUAUCCAAAGAAGAACUUGAUAGUUGUCCUCCACUUCACCUAAUUGAUAUUGAUUCUAAAUCGCAUUCUCUUCGAGGACUCAAAGUGGACCUUUCAAGAAAAAUAAUAGAUAUUGUAUGGAAUGGUUAUGCUGGAUUAGGAGUUAACGAUGAAAUCAUAGCUGUGAAAGGGAAGCCGUUCAAUCGUGAGUUCAGAGCUGCAUUUUUAUGGAAAUGCAUUCUACUCUUUACAGAAAAAGUACACUCCCAAGGCAGGGUCCUCACAGAUCGUGAUGUACAGUAUAAAUACGUCAAUCCUAAUUUAGUAUACAAAAAAAAAGUACAACAACAAUACCGUUAAUUUUUAGGCUGCUAUCGCUUCUCUGGAUAAAUCCUCACAACAGCUAUCAAUUGUUUUGGUCGAUAUAGUGACAGGGCAGGUUGUGCAUAGUGCUUCUUUUGGAAAAGCUGGCGGACCCAUACAUCUCGUUCAUUCCGAAAACUGGAUCGCUGUAAGUUCAUUAUUAUUAUUUCAAAAGUUCCUUUUGUGUGUUUGGUGACCAAACUUUGGUCUCGAUGUUGAAUAUUUAUUUCAGUACGCUUACUGGUCGGAAAAAGGAAGACGAACAGAGCUCGGAAUCAUAGAAUUGUAUGAAGGUUCCGAGAAGCAGUUCCAGAAAGUAAGUUCAGAAAAGCUUUUCUGUAAGCAGAAAUCGGAAUUAUUCUUUCAUUCGUUUUUCUCAGUUUGUUGUGGGUUAAUCAGCGUAAGUUGUUUUUCGUUUUUUUUCACAUCGCUGAUGUAAAUUUUUUGAAAAUCGAAAAAAAACCGACGCCGAAUAACCCCAUUCUUUUUUUUAUACUUUUUUUCUUAAACGAAAAUAAGAAAUGAACACGUGAACUUUCAAACGAUUCUGAGAAACGAACAAGAGCGUUAGUUCUGGGCUCCAAAAGUCUCGUAAAUAAACAAAAAACGGAACAGACCCUGUAAGACUUACUGAGACUAUGCCGAAUCAGAACCUGUCAUAACAUGACUUUUCGUAAUAAAAACUACCUGGAGAUAGGUUCUGAUUCGAACAGUUCUGAUCCGAGACAGUUCUGAUUUCGGGUAGCCUCCGUUCAUUAAUAAAAAUCCUAAUGAUGGUUUUCACAGGAGAUGUUCGACUCAUAUCUUCUCAACAAACAGCCUGCAAUUGUUAUGUCACAAAGCUACAUCUAUGCACAUGGAAUUGAUUCGAUGACUGUGUCAGAAACAGGUAGAAAUUCUGAACUUCCGACUGAAAUUUUAUCACUUCACCUUUAUUAUUAAGAGAAAGGCCUUACCACUCGAUCUUUAUUGCUUGCUUUGCCAGCGGGGGGAAUUCACGAAGUUUCACGGAAACUUUUGGAUGCCACUCGUCCGAUGGACCUUACUCCAGCCUUGAGAGAAGAGAUGGUUAUCGGUUACAUGCCUGAAAUAGCCGCAGCUCCUGAGGAAAUGAUCAAUUACAACAAAACUGUUUAUCGAGUUAAAGGAAUCAAAACAUCGUAAGGCUCUUCCAACUCUAGUCGCGCCGCAUCGUCAUAGGAGAGGAAAUGUGAAAGUAUUGUUGAUCAUACUUAGCUGACAAAUUUCUAUCGACAAACCGCGUGCGUCUAAAUAACAUGCGCAGACUUCCUGAAAUUUCCUAUUUUGAAGCCCUAGACUUCGAUGUUACUUUUCAGCUCAUCUGGACUUGAGUCGACUAGCUUAGUUCUAGCUUUCGGAACCGAUUUAUUCUUCACCAGAUUAGUACCGUCGGGUACCUUCGAUAUUCUAAAGGCAAGUCAAAAUUGUGGAAAAUAGAUUACCGUAAUUUUUAGGAUGAUUUUGAUCAUAUUCUGAUCUCUACGGUGCUUACUGGAUUAGUGUUCGGAUCUUAUGUUACAAAGCAGUUAGCGCGGUCAAACGCGCUAGCUUCCCAGUGGUCUUAG